CUUACCGGAAGUUCAUUAACGAGAACAUAUGACGAUUCUUACAUUUUAAGGUUAUAUAAAAAUGGAGCAAAUUCUACCACAUUUUGCAGAAGGAAAAGUUGUGAAAGGAUUUGGACGGGGCAGCAAAGAACUAGGAAUACCCACUGCUAAUUUCCCAGAAAAAGUAGUAGAAAACUUACCCAAAGAUCUUCCCGGUGGUGUGUACUACGGCUGGGCCAAUGUUGAUAAUGGUGAAGUAUUGAAAAUGGUCCUAAGUAUUGGAUGGAACCCAUACUAUCAUAAUACAAAGAAAUCUAUGGAAACACAUGUUAUUCACACAUUUAAAGAAGAUUUUUAUGGAUCCACAUUAAAAGUAAUUAUGUUAGGAUAUAUACGACCAAUGAGAGACUUCUCCUCUUUAGAUGAACUUAUAGAUGCCAUAAAUGACGAUAUACAACAGGCUAAAGACAAGUUAGAUUUACCAGAGAAUACAUCGUACAAACAAAAUAACUUUUUAUUUGAUGAAAUCAAGGAGGAUGUUUGAUGUUAAAUUAUCUUAGAUUUUUUAUUUUUUUUAUUUAUUUACAGACUGACUGUUUUAAGUGAGACUGGUUUAAUGUUUGUUGAUGGUCAUUUAUUUGGCAAUGUCACAAUUAGAAAUAUUUUGGUUUGCCCAAACCCUACCCAAAGGUUGAGACAGUGGGUAGGUAGGUAGGCCUUUUUUUAAAAAGAAAUUGAGGUAUCAGAUGUUAAUUAGUCUUCAUGCCUAUCUGAGUAAAAAAAACCUUCUUCAAAUCAGGACAAUAAAAGAAUUUGAGUAGGCAGCUUUUUUCUGGGUAAGUAGGGUUUGGGCAAACAAACCUAUUCUUUUUUAUGGCCUAAUGUGGUAUGAAUAUUUGAGCUGCAUGAGAUAGAGAUUGGCUUUCAUGCAAGUGCAUGAAUAUGUACAUGUAUAAACCUUUGGACAAUUUUAGAACAUUCAAAUACAAACUAAAAGAUUAACUUUGGUCUGUGAUGUAGGGUUCUUAUACUAAAUAAUUUUGUCACCUUGAUACAGCUAUGUGUACUGAUGCUGCAUAAAGCAAUAAUCACAAAUCAAAUCAAUUUUAAAACGCUACAGACGUUCCAUAGAGAUUUUUCAACCUAAUAUUAGUCAACAUAUAUAAUAUAUUGGAAUACAUUUGCAUUGAGUUGAUCUCUAUCCCACACAGCUCAUAUAUAAUGAAAUAAUUCCUGGUGAAGUUUUAUAUAAAUCCUUCAGAUGUUCAACCAAUUGGCCGUUUCAGAAUCUAAAGCAUCAUGGGUAAUUUCAUUGUUCGUACCUCAAAGUGAAAUUAACGUCACUUCAUUGGUUAUAUUUCCAUUGUUUAUGACAUGUUUAACCAAUCACAACGUUUUGGUGUACAUUUUUGAAAAUAUUACCCAGGGUGCAUUAGAUUCUGAAAAGGCGAAUUAUUUUGUUGUGAAAUGUCAAAUAUUUAUGUGUUCUUAUGCAUUAACUUAUGUUUUAUUUUUUAUGUCACAUAUAUUUCGAACAACAAAAUAAUGUCUUGUUUGAGUUAACAGCUGUUGUGUUUAAAUUUUUCCAAUGCAUUUUUUUUCCUAUACAUGUAUCUUUUUGUGUUGAAUAUUAUACAGAUGUCAAAAAAGAGUAAAAGACAUAUGAUAUUUUGCUGUACCACUGCCUAUUUUCUUUAUAAUAUCUCAAAGUUUGCUUUCAUAGGUAUUUAAAAAAUUUGAAGUUUGUUUCUUUUAUCAGACAAUCUGUCUCUUAAAUUUGAACUUUUACUAUUUCAGAAUUGUAAUGGAAUUCUUUUUAAAAAAAAUACCACCGUUUUUAUUUUAGUCCUGACUUGCAUUUUCAGAUUUGUUUUUCAAGAGUUAUUGGACUUUGAUUGUUUAACAUUGUUCAACAUACUUGGUUUCAUGAUGGCAAUAAUUGUUUCAAAUUAGAAUGAUUUAGAUUUCAUACCACAUGUUCUUGUGAGACUUUAAUUAUCAAAUUAAGCUAAGUUAAUUUUUUUUUCAAUCCUUUUAUUAAUUCAUGUUAACAGAAGAUGCUUUUUGUAUUUUUUUUAAUACUUUUUGAUUAUUAACUUUAUUUAGUCAUGGGAUUUUAUAUCAUUAAAUGGUAAAAAUGGGGAUAUUCUGUCAUAUUUCUGGAACAUUGUAU